AUGGCCUACAACAACCUCAUCCGCGACUUGACCAUCGGAGACAAUGUCUACAAGUUCUUCGACUUAAACGGACUCGGAGACGCUCGCUACAGUAAGCUUUUCCCGGAAAAUGUCAUCCCCCAACCUCUAUUUCUUUCAGACGAGCUUCCAAUUUCCAUCAAGUACUUGUUGGAAGCCGCCGUUCGUCACUGCGAUGAGUUCCACGUCCUCAAGAAAGACGUUGAGACCAUUCUCGACUGGAAGAACAGCCAACGCAAGCAAGCCGAGAUUCCAUUCAAGCCGGCUCGUGUUAUCCUUCAGGAUUUCACUGGAGUUCCAGCUGUGGUCGAUUUGGCUGCUAUGCGUGACGCCGUUCAGAACAUGGGUGCCGAUCCAGCCAAGAUCAAUCCAGUGUGCCCUGUGGAUCUUGUCAUUGAUCACUCUGUUCAGGUUGACCACUACGGAAAGUACGUUUUUGAUUUUGACCUCGACGCUCUUGCUAAGAACCAAUCAAUUGAGUUCGAGAGAAACAGAGAACGCUUCAACUUUUUGAAGUGGGGAUCAAAAGCCUUUGACAACUUGCUCAUCGUUCCACCAGGCUCCGGAAUCGUGCAUCAAGUCAAUCUUGAGUACCUCGCCAGAACUGUUUUCGUUGGAAAGGAUGGCGUUCUCUACCCAGACUCGGUCGUCGGAACCGACUCGCACACUACCAUGAUCGAUGGAAGUGGAGUUCUCGGAUGGGGUGUCGGAGGAAUCGAAGCCGAGGCUGUGAUGCUUGGACAACCAAUCUCCAUGGUUAUCCCAGAAGUCAUCGGAUACGAAUUGAUUGGCACUCUCAGCGACACUGUCACCAGUACCGACUUGGUUCUCACCAUCACCAAGAACCUUCGUGAUCUUGGAGUUGUCGGAAAGUUUGUGGAGUUCUAUGGAACCGGAGUCGCCUCCCUCUCCAUCGCCGAUCGUGCCACUAUUGCCAACAUGUGCCCAGAGUAUGGAGCCACUAUUGGGUUCUUCCCAGUCGACAAACGUACAAUUGACUACUUGACCCAAACCGGGCGUGAUUCUGACUACACUCAACGUGUCGAGCAGUACCUGAAGUCUGUUGGCAUGUUUGUCGAUUUCACCAACGACUCCUACCGCCCAACCUACACCACCACUCUCAAGCUGGACCUUGGAAGCGUUGUUUCAUCGGUUUCAGGACCAAAGCGCCCGCACGACAGAGUUGAGCUCGCCACUCUUGCUCAAGAUUUCACCAAGGGUCUGACCGACAAGAUUUCCUUCAAGGCUUUCGGACUCAAGCCAGAGGACGCCACCAAGACAGUCACUGUCACCAAUAAUGGAAGAACCGCUGAGCUCGGACAUGGAUCCGUUGUCAUUGCCGCCAUCACAUCUUGCACCAACACCAGUAACCCAAGUGUCAUGCUUGCUGCUGGACUCGUCGCCAAGAAGGCUGUCGAACUUGGACUCAAUGUUCAACCAUACGUCAAGACCUCCCUCUCUCCAGGUUCUGGAGUUGUUACCAAGUAUCUCGAGGCUUCUGGACUCCUUCCAUACCUUGAGAAGAUUGGAUUCAACAUUGCUGGAUACGGAUGUAUGACUUGCAUUGGAAACUCUGGGCCACUUGAUGAGCCAGUCACCAAGGCUAUUGAAGAGAAUAACCUUGUUGUUGCUGGAGUCCUCUCUGGAAACCGUAACUUUGAAGGACGCAUCCACCCACACGUCCGUGCCAACUACUUGGCAUCCCCACCAUUGGCCGUUCUCUACUCGAUCAUUGGAAACGUCAACGUUGACAUCAACGGAGUGCUUGCAGUGACUCCAGAUGGCAAAGAAAUCCGUCUCGCCGAUAUCUGGCCAACAAGAUCGGAAGUUGCCAAGUUCGAGGAGGAAUUCGUGAAGCCACAAUUCUUCCGUGAAGUCUACGCCAACAUUGAGCUCGGAUCUAACGAAUGGCAACAAUUGGAGUGCCCAGCUGUCAAGCUCUACCCAUGGGAUGACAACUCGACCUACAUCAAAAAGGUUCCAUUCUUCGAUGGAAUGACCAACGAGCUCCCACCACAGUCUGACAUCACCAACGCUCAUGUUCUUUUGAACUUGGGUGAUUCUGUCACUACUGACCACAUUUCGCCAGCUGGAUCCAUCUCGAAAACGUCUCCAGCCGCCAGAUUCCUUGCCAGCCGCGGAGUCGGUCAGAGAGAUUUCAACACCUAUGGAGCUCGUCGUGGAAAUGAUGAGAUCAUGGCUCGUGGAACCUUUGCCAACAUCCGUUUGGUCAACAAGCUCGCUUCCAAGGUCGGACCAAUCACUCUUCAUGUUCCAUCUGGAGAAGAGCUUGACAUCUUUGACGCUGCCAAGAAAUACAUGGACGCCGGAAUCCCAGCCAUCAUUCUUGCCGGAAAGGAAUACGGUUGCGGAUCGUCUCGCGAUUGGGCUGCCAAGGGACCAUUCCUUCAGGGAGUCAAGGCUGUUAUUGCUGAAAGCUUCGAGAGAAUCCAUCGCUCGAACUUGAUCGGUAUGGGAAUUAUUCCAUUCCAAUUCCAAGCCGGACAGAAUGCCGACAGUUUGGGACUCACCGGAAAGGAACAGUUCAGCAUCGCGGUGCCAAGCGAUUUGAAGCCAGGACAACUCGUCGAUGUGAACGUCUCCAAUGGUACGACAUUCCAAGUCAUCUGCAGAUUUGAUACCGAGGUUGAGCUCACCUACUACCGUAACGGAGGAAUCCUUCAAUACAUGAUCAGAAAGCUGAUCCAGUAA